AUGCCGAAGCGUCAAAGGACACCAACAAACCCACUGGAGGUUGCCAACCGCAAAACCGACGAGGAGUUUAUUACCGACUAUCUACAGCCGGGCGCCGGUAAUCUCCCCCCUGGUGUGCAGCCAUGGACGACAGCAUGGACACACCCAAAGACAGGCACCGAAUACACAGUCAGCUUGGUGCGGGUAGAGAGCCUCUCAGAGCCCGAUUUCAGGGCCUGCUUCCAGCUCAUAGAGCAGACGAGCCGGGCCGACUACGAAAACUCAACGGCCGGGUGGAACGCGAAGAAAAAGGCCAUCGAGAUGAAGUCACCAGGGCUACGCUACAUCCUCGUCAAGCGGAAAGACACAGCCGCCCUAGAGGGCUUCACCUCGCUCAUGCCGACCUACGAAGAAGGCCAGCCCGUCAUCUACUGCUACGAGAUCCAUCUCCAGCCAUCACUCCAGGGGUAA